CUUUGACAGUACCUACAUCGAGAGGAUAACAAGACCAUUGUUUUGUUUUGAUGUGUCGAGCUGGAAGUUACCAAAAAAACCAAUUGGGGCUUGAUUAAAAUUGAUUUAUCAGACCCAGAUUGAGCGUAGGCAUUUUCGAAUCUUGGAUCAGCGACCAAAGCUUCGAAAAAUAAGAAGUAGUUACCUUGGAUCUGACUAUUAGAAACGAGCCUCAGGCACUUUCGUUUGCUUGCUGCAGAGUAACUUGAACGGUGGUGAAGAUCUCUUAUUUUUAAAAUGAUGGACAUUCAGAUAGACAUCAAAGAGGAACAGGAUGAGAAAUCACCGGUGAAUCAGGUCGCAACAAGUGACUCAGAUGAGUCCGACGACCCGGAAGCGACGCUUUAUAAGAACCUGACGGAGGACCAACUGAUGCGUGCUCGGGAAUACAACGAAUGUUUCAUUUGUCAAAAGCGAUGCAGUAACUUUACCAACUUUCGCAGGCAUGUCAUUAGUCACAACGCUGCAACAUACAAGUGUGAAAGAUGUUUUAAGGAAUUUGCCAAGUUAAAGUAUUUGAAGGCUCAUUUAACAACGCACGACGAGAGCCGCAGUUUCACUUGCGACAUAUGCUCGCAUAUCUUUGUAUCCAAAUCGAGCAUACGAGGUCAUAUGAGGGUGCACACAGGGGCCAAGCCUUAUAAAUGCGACGUAUGCGAUAAGGCUUUUAGUGAAUCGUCAACUCGUCGGAAGCACAGAUUUACUCAUUUCCCAAAUAAUCCGUAUGUAAAGGCAGCGGAUUCGUAUCCAUGUGAGAUUUGUGGCAAGAUGAUCAAGGGCCUAUUCUCGUUCAAACGUCACCUGAAGACUCAUAGUGGCGAGAAGAAUUUCGAAUGCCAAAUUUGUUCGAAACAGUUUGCAACGAUGUCGUCACUUCGGUCACAUUCUCUCAUUCACACAAACCGAGCAAAAAAUUACGUUUGUCAGCACUGCUCAAAGGCAUUUUUCCAUCGGCCGUCGCUGUGGAAACAUAUGAAACGUCAGUGUGUUAAACUGAAAUCAGCUUUGAAGGAGGAAGUGCUUCAGUAUUAGAGAAGAUUGUAAUAACGAUUGUAUGACGAUAUUCAAACGACACGAAAAUGUUCAAUAAACGGUAUAAACUCAACACCAA